AAUAUGACUUCUAUAUUAUAGAUGCAUAACUUACCAGCUAAUAUUUCGUGCAAUGUUAACUUGGAAUCAAGUUAUACAGUCACAUCACUCUCUGGAUUCAGUUUCAUUCUGGUGCUACUGCUUCUAUGUUUUUAUUCGCGUGGUGAUGAAUACACAUCUUCAUUUGGAUAUCCAAGUAAUCUAGUUGUGCUCUUCUUUGGCGUGCUGCUCGCUACCGUCACAUCAUUGUCGGUACCGCAAAAUUACCCAGACAUUUAUGGCACAUACGUCAUCAUAACGCUUUGUGUUAUUGGUAUUCUAAUGACUUUGAUUGGUUCAAAAAUAUUCUUUGUAGCUCCAGUGAACGCAUUAGAACGUCCGCUUGGUUUUUAUCAUUCCGAUAUGAGCUUAAUAAUUUGGGUGGUUACCAUUCCUCUAGUAUUAUUAGAAUUAUUUGUGUUCAUCGGUGCCGUGACAUACAAAGUCGAUAAAUAUCUAGCAACAAUUAAAUCAAUUGGAUUGUUUCAAAAGUUGGUCCAAGCAAGUGUCUACCAUUUUAGUUUACGAUUGAAAGUUCCGGCUCGUGAUAAAAAGUUAGGAGCAGCCUGGUACCUAGUGGUUCUUUCGUUUUUUAAUUUUGCCAUGUGGUUGGAUUCUAUUAUGACGUCACAUGAUGGCAACUUGUACAUCGAAGAAUUAUUCGGUAAAGGUUUUUCGAUAAUCACUUCAGCGUGUAAUGCAUUGCUUAUCGACUACAGGUUAUUCUGUUGCCUCUUGUUUGCUGAGCAUGCGCUGGAGAUUGGAAGCGAAGAGGAGGAGGAAUCAGACAUAGAUGAAAAUGAGGAUGAAGAAGAUGACGACAGCAGUUUAUACUCACCAUUGUUUAAAGUGAAUAUCUCUCAAAUGAGCGGUUUCGGUUACGUUAUUGGUUUUUGUUGUAUUGCUUUCCAAUUAGUGUGUGGAUUGCAGUAUGCUAAUUUUGUUGGUUCUUGGACAAACGUGUUUCCUAUGUUAGCAGACGCUUUGGUUAUCAUAUUUGGGUUUCUUUUAUUAAAGCUAUCGGGAAGUAUCGAGUUUGGAACAUUUGGAAAAUGGCGGGAAACCAAUUCGAAAGCAGUUGAUAUUAUGGUUGCAGUGAUGGGAAUAACCGGAUUUGUAUUCUGGGUAAUCAAGACGAUACUAAACGCUGUUUGGGCAAUCAAGAUUAUAGGAUUAACAUCUGAACAACUUGAGUAUUUAGAAUGGAGUGUUGCGAAAAAUGGUUUGAGAUCUGUCGGUAUUUUAUUUCAGUUAUAUUUCUUUAUAAAAUCUGAUCCAUUUAUCGGUUGCCGUAAAAAUGUAAAGAAAAACGCUUUAAGUUACUUAAUUUUACCGGCAUUGAUGUUGUCGCUUUUAUCUGUUUUUAUAAUGACCGUCAUUGAUAGUUAUACUGGAAUUGUGGAAGGUUUAAUUGAACACUCAGGAAUAAGCGAGGCAACUAUGGCACUUUUAAAAGCAGGCGAGCCAAUACAUCUUGGGUUUUGUUUACACUUGUUUCUUCAUUUUUUCAUCAUAAACAAUAACAUGCGAACAAAGAAGACAUUGGUCAGAAAGAAAACAAGCCGACCAGCAAGCAGAGCAACUGUUCUAAUCCAUCAUGACGGCGAUUCUGAACCGAAGUACAAUAACCGAUCACGUAGUGCAAUGGCAAAAUUAAGUGGACUUCCAAAUGUUAGUAUAAAACCCAACAAUGGAUUAUUAGAACCUUUAUUAAGCAAAGACGAGGUAACAAAACAGGCUAGAGUGGAAUGAAUAUAUUUUUAACGUUUUUUAUCUUAAAACUUUUAUAUGUACGUAUUUCAUCCUUUCAUCAAAGAAAUUUUGUUAUUUGGUAAAA